CCACCUUGCCCACCUAACAAGACCCUCAUCACAACCUAAACUGGAUAAAAAAUUCAAAGGGAAAAUCUUCCUGAGAAGCCAGCAUGUUCCUAAAUAAAUGUGAGGGGGAGCUGAGUGAGCUGAGGAAGAGUGUGGACAGUGAGGGCACCACGCCAGACAACACUGAAGAAGAGCAGCCCAAGAAAAAACACCGGAGGAACCGCACAACCUUCACGACAUACCAGCUGCAUGAGCUGGAGAGGGCCUUCGAGAAAUCCCACUACCCCGAUGUCUACAGCCGGGAGGAGCUGGCCAUGAAGGUCAAUCUUCCAGAGGUCAGAGUGCAGGUGUGGUUUCAGAACAGACGAGCCAAGUGGAGACGGCAGGAGAAAAUGGAAGCCAGUUCAAUGAAACUCCAUGACACCCCCAUGCUGUCCUUCAAUAGGCCCCCCAUGACCGCCAACAUUGGGCCUAUGAGCAACUCCUUACCUCUGGACCCCUGGCUGACUUCCCCUAUCUCUAGCGCUACCACGGUGCACAGCAUUCCAGGUUUCAUGGGACCUACCCAAGCCCUGCAGCCCGCCUACGCUGGCCACUCCUUCCUCAACAGCCCACCACCAAUGUCUCAGACCAUGCAGCCCAUGGCACCCACCUCUUACCAGUGUGCCACCACCUUUGUGGACAAGUACCCUUUGGAAGACGUCGACCAGAGAAGCUCCAGCAUUGCAUCAUUACGGAUGAAAGCCAAGGAGCAUAUUCAGACCAUUGACAAAACCUGGCAGCCUAUUUGAUAAAUGGUCACUUCCCU